AUGUCGGAUUCUGGAGACGAGGCCGACUCGCGUACGGCCUCGUUCGGUGCCCAGCGCGGCCGCAAAAAUACUCCUUCCUCCCGAGCCCAGUCCGGCGAUGACUCGCGUCCCACGAAAAAGCGCCGCCGCAACAGAUCCCGCACGGCCAGCGAUCUCAGCGAUUUUGUGCCCAAGGGCGCGUCCUUUAGCGCCAUUGCGUUGGAGGUUGACCCUGAUGAUACUUCUAGUUCUGGGUCGGACUCGGAGAGCGCAUCGGACAAGUCUGAGGCGCCGGCUGAAACCCUGCCCGCCAACCCCCAUGCGGGCAGUACUGCGCCGGCGAUCAGUUGGAACCAGGGAAGAAAGACGGCGGUGAGAACGACUCUUGGGAAGCGCAAGGCGGGAUCGCAAGCCCCAUCGCAGUCUGUAUCCCAGCCUCAGACGGAGGCGCAACCGCAACCAGAGCCGCAGACUAUUGGAAGUACCGCGAAUAGUGGGGUGAAUGGAACCUCUGCGAAGCAAUUUAAAGCUGUCAACGGUGCAUACUGGCGCAGUCGCAGUGCAUCUGUGUCAUCCGAAGAGAAUGUCUCAGAAGAAGGCGAGGUCAACUCCGGGAGUGAAUCGGAUGAUUCAGAGCUGGACUCCGAAGCCGAUGACUCGCUUAUGCUCAAUAUUGGCACCAAGGGAGAUGGGACGGAUGACUAUGAUCCAGAGAAUCUGCUGAUGGGGAAUGGCCCCACCAAUAGACAACCAAAUGGGAGUGGUGCACGGCAUCUCCGAGAUGCUACCCAAGUACAAACUGAGUCCAAGGAGGAGGCCUUCAAGCGAUUCUCCAAGAAGUAUCCGACCGCGCCUGUCACCCUACUGGACUUGCAGCAGGACGAUAUGGAUAUCCAGGCUAAAUUUGUAUACUGGGAUCGAGACGUCAAUGCCAUCGAUCUCCAGCUUCCGGUUGGCUGCAUCGAGUGUCUUCGUCAGGGCCACAUGGCCGAAGUGUGUCCCACCAAAGAGUGUGUCCACUGUGGAGCGUGGAACACCCACCAAAGCACACAAUGCCCCUCAUGGCGAAGAUGUAAACGCUGCCGGGAACGCGGUCAUGUCGAAGGCGAUUGCCCCUCCGCCCUUAAAAGCUCCGCCGCCGAGGUCCCCUGCGACCACUGUGGCUCCUCAACACAUACAGAGUCCGACUGUGACCACCAGUAUAGCCUCCCGAUGCGGGAACCCCUCUCCCAAACCAUAACCGUCUCCAUCUCCUGCGCUCACUGCACAAGUGAUGCCCACCUAAUCGGAGACUGCCCGCAACUACCUCCAGACCUCCAACAAAGGACCGCAUGUUUCACCCUCAAGGACAUUGAUCCUGCCACCGUGACCAAUCUGAACGUAAAAGCAUCGUCCAGAAAGGCUCCCCCUCCACCACCGAGUUACCAACGUGGCAAGGGACGUCGCGGUGGUGGUGCUGGUAGUGGUGCACGUACGCCAUCUUCAACCAGUGAAGAAGACAUGAUGCCUCGUAAAGGCGCUCGAAAGGGCCCGCCUCCGGCUCGGGGCCGGGGUCGCGGGGCGAUCAAGUUUGGUAGCGGUGUUGGGUCUGGUCAGCCACGACAUAAACCACCACCACUCCUCCAUCCGAAGGGCCCGCCUUCUCGAGGGGGUGGAAAUAGUGGUGGUGGUGGAAAUCGUGGCCGUGGUCGAGGGCGCGGUGGGAAGGCCCGAGGUGGGCGGCCCUGA